UUGCCGCAUUUAUGCCCGCCAAAACCUCACAAGCGGAGCAGAGCAAAACCACGUAGUCGUCGUCGUCGUCUCGCAGAGUUGUGAAAGGUACCAUCUUUUCGGCUCAAUCAUUCAGUGAUCGUUUCGCAGACCCUGUUAUGGUGUUAUGGAGUUGUGAAAGGUCGUCACAAGUUAUGGAUGAAAGUACUGUCAAUGGCAAACCCAAGUGUCAGAGGUUGCAUAAAGGGAAAGAUGCUGGUAUUGACAAGAUAAACAGGCUACCCGAGGCAAUACUAGAACACAUCCUGUCUUUUCUUCCAACGGUGGAUGCCGUCAAAACAAGUGUAUUGUGCAAAAAGUGGCAAUAUCUGUGGACAUCUAUUCCUAAUGUAGAAUUUGAGGAAGAUUCUAGCUCUAAGAGAGAGCUCUUCAUGAAUUCUGUGGAAAGAGUACUUCUCCUUCGUGGGUGCUCUCACAUAAGACGGUUCUACAUUGCUUGCAAUGUGUUUGAUGAUGCAUACCGUGUCAAUUUAUGGGUAUCCGCGGCGGUUCAGCAAAAUGUUGAGGAGUGCUCUCUUUGCCUUUCAGGCAUCAAAGGACCAUUUGCCUUGCCGCACUGCUUAUUCAUUUCCACAUCAUUGACCAACCUGGAAUUAUACGUGGCAGGGGCCUUAAAGCUACCUUCUAAAAUAGACCUUCCUAAUCUCAAAUACUUGAUUCUUAUGAAGAUCAAAUUUUUAGACGAGCGCUCGACCGAGCAGCUAUUGUCUUGCCCAGCUCUUCAGGAGUUAUUUGUAGAGGACUGUAAUUGGUCUCAUCUCCGGGCAGUGACUAUUUUUACUCCCAUGCUAAAGAGCUUGACAAUACGGGAUAAGGAUCGUCACCGGGUUGGAUGCCAAGUUAUGAUAUGUGCAAAUAAUCUAGAAAGUAUCUAUUGCAAAAGUGCUUUUGUGAAUGACUACUGCUUGAGAGAAUCAUGCUCAUUGAUGGAGGCGGUCAUUGAUGUUGCGGAGUUUCCUUUGAGUAGAUCAAGAGAAGCUGCUUACCGCAUAAGCAAGCUUCUUCAAGGGAUGCGGUCCGUGAAAAGUUUGGAAUUGUCAUCCAAGACUAUUGAGGUGCUAACUAGCGCAGACGAGAUCUAUAUCCAUCUGCUUGUCUUUGGUAAUUUGAGAAGCUUGAACUUGGGGCGUCUAGACUUGAAAUGCGGAGCGGUUUGGGGCCUACUGCAUCAUUCGCCACAUCUUGAAAUGCUUGAAUUCCGUGAGAUGAUCGGACUAACUUCAGACGACGUAGAGAACAGCAGCCUGUUGAAUCCCACACCCGGAUGUUUCGCAUCUCACCUUAAGCAGAUCAAGAUUGAUGAUUUCAUCACCAGUUUCGAAAUGAUUCGUGUGGUGAAAGUAUUGCUCGAGCAUGCUGUGGUUCUGGAAACACUCACCAUCUGUUCUACCGGGAAUCCUGCGGAGCCGGAGAUGGAGAAGGUGUUCCGCGAAGAACUACUAAAGCUUCCCUGUGGAUCGAAGGGCUGCCAGAUUAUCCUCUCUUGAACCUUUGUGAGCUCUACUUUUCCAGCGAGCGUUAGAUUCUCUGAUGUUGAUUGUUUUGAAAUGAACAAGGUUAUUUGUGUUGUUCCUCGGAAACUGGAUUCUGUUCUCAGGUUGACUCGUUAGAUGGAACUAUUAUGCAGCUGUUG